AUGUACAAUUCCAGGUCAGCCUUAGGCACGCGCAGCAACAACGAUCUGUGGGCUCGAGCUAUCGAAAGAAUUAGUCCUCAAGAUAGAAACAGCGUCAACUUCAGUUAUGACCAGCUGACGAUCUUGACUAAUAUGAAAUUUGAGGUGGAGGCAACUCAGCAAAAAUGCAAAGAUAAUCGAUGGCAUUUGAGACGCAAGAACGGGGAAAAGAUAAUUCUCAGAGAUGUGUUUGCAAAAGUCGUUAAAUGGAUUGACAUAUUUAAACAAGUUGGAGACACUGUUGUCCAAUACGACCCUGGUCACGCUGCACUUCCUUGGGCUCUCGUUCGAUUCAUCCUGCAGGUCUGGCCGUUCAAUCCUUUUUGUUCAUGGUGUCUGACCAUAACUUAGGCAACAGUCAACGAUGUUGAGAAGUACGAAUUUGUAACCGAGAACAUUGAGUUUGUUUCAAAAUGUAUAUGUCGCUGCAAAAUCACCGAAGAACUCUAUCUUGGUGGGGAUGCCACUGCUACCAGGCAGCUUGAAACUAGCUUAGUAAAGCUCUACGGCGCUAUUCUGAUCUUUUUAUCCACUUUCAAGAGGUAUUUCGACCAGAAGGAAUCAGUUCAGUCACAAGUUACUGUGUAAAUCGUCUCAACGCUCAUCUCGUUUGUUACUAUAGGUCGCUUUGUUUCAAGCAUCAUUCGGGACAAGAAAGUGUUUGAAGGCCUUGUAAAUGACAUAAGGGAGGAUUUCGACGACGUUCAUGAAUUUGCAGCACUGGUGCGCAGAGAAGGUUGGUCGCACCGAAUCCAAACGAAUAUGAUGGCAUCAUUGUCUAACGUGCGCAGAUGAAUGCUCAAGAUAUCAUGAUCUAAAGCGGAUCAUCCAAGAGUUCAACAAUCCAUUGGAAAGGAUUUCCACUCAAUUACAGAUUGUGCAAGACAAUCUAGAAGGUACUAUCCCCAACGUAUGUAUCCCAAAAAUGCUGAUGAAGUUCUCCAGCGUCGAAAAGAAAAGAAAUGUUGAAUUGGAUGUCUGAUACUGAGAAAGUCCCUUACUUGAAACAUCACAAGGAAAGUAAGCGAGAGGUACUGGCAGGUACAGGAAAUUGGCUUCUUCAAGAGGCCAUUUUCAAAAGGUGGAAAGAUGAUAGCGCCUCUAGCUUACUAUGGCUACACGGGAUACCUGGUUCUGGGAAGAGUAAACUAAGGUAAGUACUUAAAGGUGUAUUCUCGUGCUUUGAUUAAUCCCCGAAAUAGAUGAUUAGUAAUCGAAGAAGCCAUGAAAACCGCUUCAAAAGGCCUCAUGCCCCGGCCAAUAUACUUCUACUGCUCUCGAAACCCAGCAGAGCCCCUCCGGUCCGACUCAAAUGCAAUCCUCGGUAGUGUAACUCGGCAGCUCUCAAGUCUCAAUGCAACCUCGGAUCUAUUUCCUCCCGCCGUGGAAAAAUACAAAGAGGAAGAAUCCCCAGGUGGUACAUCCAGCUCUCUCGAUGUUGGGGAUAGCUGUGACUUGAUAUCCCAGCUUUUAGACCUGUACCCUACAGCAGUUAUCAUCAUUGAUGCUUUAGAUGAAUGCACUGGCCAGGCUUGA